GAGUCCAAGGUCUCCUUGCUCGAGUCACUCGUCCAGGCGUCGCAGACCGAUAUACAGUCGCAUGUCACUGAGGGUGUCGAGGGCUAGUGGAGCGGCGUCCGUGAGGAAUGGGCUGAGGAGCGCAUGCGGAUCAAUCAGGCGCGUGAGGUUUGGGAGGCGCGCGUGCGGGCUGCUGAGGAGGGGUUUGACGGCGCCGUCGCGAAGGUGGAUGCCGGGCUCGCGACGCUGCAGCAACACCGACUCAAGGCGAACGUGAACGAGCGCAACGGUGUUAGGCUCGUCACACCCCCUAGUCCACGCAACAUCUCGUCUGACUCGGGCAAGCGCUAUCGGCGGAAACGAUCGACAAUCUCCCGAGGCCGAUCGCGUUCGCACUCGGCCGAGUCGAACAAGGACGACGGUGGGUACGCGAGCUCAUUCGAGGGCGUGACACUGCUCGAUGACAAGCGCCAGUCAGCUUCCAAAGCACGCACGCGCGUGCCCUGGGCGCAGGAUGAUUCGGAUUCGAACGUGCGUCGUGCAAGUGACGAUGCGAGGAUCAUGUCCUUGAAGCACUAUCCCAUCACCUCAGAGUCGUCGGUUCAGAAGGCAUCGACAGGGUCCACGACGACGAUGACGACGGAGAAUGACGCUGCACAUGCCUCGUCUGCCGCCGCCGCCAAUCUGAAGGGCGCACACCUGGCGCCAAUGGUUCAACAUUCAGCACAGAUGUCGACGACGGUGGGCGUGCUCAUGCUCAGCGUCGCCGCCUUGGCGGUGCUAUGGCGUAUCAAAGGAUAAUAGUUGCCGGGCAAAUCUCACGGUCCUUUUAUUAUGGUUCAAUCCCUGCG